AGACAGAAUAGACUUCGAGAUCUUUUAGAAAGAGAAGAAUCAGAAUUAACAAAUGAAUUAAUAAGAAAACGGCAAGCGGAAGGAUGUAAGUACUGUACCGAAAGAAAGAGUAAAGAAGAGAAGUACAAAGAAGAACUUGAACAUGAGAAGAUAGUCAAAUGUCAAAUGGCUUUGGAGAGAGAGAAAAUAGCAUAUGGUAUACAGUCUACAAAAUUAGACGAACAUCAAUUAAAAGCAAUGCAAGUAAUGCAAAUAAAAGAGAAGAAAUACAUAGAAGAUCAACAAGCUGAAAUUGAUGAAAUGUGGCAUCAGGUUCUAUUGGAAGAUGUUAGGAUGAAGGAAGAAAAAGAAAGAAGAGAUGCUGAAAGACUCAAAAGAGAAAUGAGAGAACGUAGAUUGGCUUACGAUGAACAGAUAUCAAGUGCUAAUAGAAAGAGACAGGAGAUCUUACAGCAGGAACGAGAAGUGGAGAAUAGAAGAUUAGACAAUAUGAAGAAGAGAAUGGAAGAAGAUUAUUAUGAUGCAAUAAAAAGGAAAAAUGAUCAACAACUUAACAAUAGGAUGAACUAUAUAAAAGGCCAUGAAAUGAAAAUGACAAGAAUAAAAAAUGAGAAAUCAGAAGAACGGUCGAUUGAUAGUAAGGCUAUAAUGGUUGCCUUAGAGGAUUUACGGAACGAGAGAGAACGGAAAAUGGCUGAAAUUAAAUCACUGCAAAGGGAAAAGCAAGUCUUCGUCGAAAAUGUCAAUCGGGAAAGAAGAAUAGCGCAAAAUUUAAAUGAAGAAUCCGAAAGAUUAGUUCGAUCGUGGAAAGAAGAGAAAGAAAGGGAGAGCGAUAUUAAAGCACUAGAGUUAGAAAGGGAGAGGCAACUUGUUAGAGAGAAAAAUGCAGCAGAUUACAGAAAAUAUAUAGAACAAAAAAACAAAGAAAUUGAAAAUAUAAAACAAGAAAGACGGGAACUAAUGAGGAAUGUACAAAAUACAGCGAUUAGGGAAUUAAACAAGAAAUUGUAUGAUGCCAAUGAAGAAUUAAGAAAGCAGAUGGAAUAUAGAGAUAGUUUGAAUGAUCAGAUGAAACAGAAUCAGCUAAUUAUGGAAAUAGAAACACAAAACAUUGAAACAAAACAAAGACCAUUCACGAAAAAGGCGAUUAUGUUUAAAGAUGCAAUGAAAUAUAAAAUGAACACUUCGCGACAAAGUACAAAUCCGGUUCAUCCAUUCAGGAGGUUGCUGCAUUCAAGUGAAAUCAACAACACGAUAUUUUUACCUGUAAUUUAAUAAAGAGUCCUUAUUUAUUGGUUGAA